GAGCCUGCUGUAAUCUCUACGCCCACUUGUUGCCGGCCUAUAAAGGAGGCAGGCGAGCCCUGGCAGCUGCACCCAGGGCUUUCCUCCUUCAGAGUUCUCUUACACUGUGCUUGCCUGCCGCCUGCUGCCGCCACCAUGACCACCACCAUCCGCCAGUUCAGUUCCUCCAGCUCCAUCAGGGGCUCUGGCCUGGGGGGUGGCUCAUCCCGCACCUCCUGCCGGCUCUCCGGCAGCCUGGGAGCUGGCUCAUGCAGGCUGGGGGCUGCCAGCGGCCUGGGCGGCAUCCUUGGGGGCAGCAGCUACUCCAGCUGCUUCAGCUUAGGCUCUGGUGGGGCCUUCGGCGGCAGCUUUGGGGCUGUUGAUGGGUUGCUGGCCGGAGACGAGAAGGCUACCAUGCAGAACCUCAAUGACCGCCUGGCCUCCUACCUGGACAAGGUCCGUGCCCUGGAGGAGGCCAACACUGAGCUGGAAGUGAAAAUCCGUGACUGGUACCAGAGGCAGGCCCCAGGGCCUGUCCGCGACUACAGUUCCUACUACCAGACCAUCGACGACCUGAGGAACAAGGUAUAG